GACCGAUUCACAGAGGCCUGUAAUGGGCAGCGACAUCACACUCAGUUGCACCAUCUCCAGACUCUCGGACACAGUCAGUCUUCACUGGAAACAGAGAAACCCAUCUCUGCAAAACAGGAGGAUGAACACUGAUGAGAUUCGACUAAACAAGACAGUCUAUCUGAUUGUUCGACAUGCUGGAGUAGAAAAUCAGAAUUUAUAUACAUGGGAAAUACAGGAAAAUAACUCCAUUAUUCUCACUGGAAACAUAAACAUUGAUGUGGAUCUGAAUUUACAUGAUAAAAUGUAUACACUUUAUCGAUCAGUCACAGAUCACAGUGAACUUGAGUUGAUUUGUGAAGUUGAUUCUGUGUUAAGUAAAACCAAAUGGACCUGGUCUUCACCUUUAAAAACUCAAGAUAAUGAAAUAGCUUCCAGUUCCAAAUCGAAGCCUGUCAACAUAAACAGCACCUACUUUGGGAGUCGACUGGUCCGCCCAGUGACCAGUUUCACUGACAGGUUUUUCAGUAUACGGAUUGUGCCUGUCCAGUUUGAAGAUGCUGGAGUUUACAGAUGCUCUCAGGGAUCAGAUAAUCAUUUGACCAUUAAUCUGGUCACAGUAAAAGUCACAGUGGAACCAUCUGAUGCAGUGACUGAGGGAUACACUGUUACCCUGAUCUGCUCUGUCUCACAUGUUACUGAAUCAGUCCGACUUGUUUGGAUCAAUAGUGAUGGUAAAAUUGUUGCAGAGAAAACAUUCAAGGAACAGAAGCAGGAAAGGGAUAGUUUACAGCUGGUUAUUCAGGAAUUCGACAAAGACGGAGGGAACUGGACAUGCAUUUUGUUUAAUCAAAACACCCCCAAGGUUUUAAUCCCUUAUCAUCUGAAGUAUAACGUGAGAGAGAGACCAGUUCCAGUCAUUUGGAUCAUCACAGUUUUCAGUUACCUGGUUAUUAAACUAAUCUUUGAUGUUGGACUUACUUUAUGCUUGAAGAGGAUAAACAAAAAAUCAUACAGCAGGAAUCUGGACAAGGCAACAAGAAAUGAAGAAGCUUUCGGAUUACAGAUCCUGAAGUCUGGUCCUGAUUUGAAAUCAUUAGAAUGAACAAUGCAACUCACAUGUACCUGUGCCCAAUAAGACUUACACUCUUGUGAAACAAAAUUAAUCCAAACUAGAAACCUUUCAAGUUAGUUGUAUUUUGGAUAUAUCUUGCACAUUUAAGAUAUAUAUCAUAUAUUUUUAUGUAUCUGGAUUCAUUUGUUCUGUAAAGUAUGCAUCUCAAUUGUUCCAUCCUCAGUAUCUUUGACUUUACUUUCCAAAUGUAAACACUCAAGAUGAUGAUCUGAAAUUGCAUUAAAUGGUAACUGAUAUGGAUGUUGGCCUUAAUAAUCAAACUUCAAUCUUGACGGUUGUGCUGAAUUUUACAGUUAUCAUUUUCUUCCUCUCAGGAUUGGUCAUUGUGAUGUAAGAUUUGUGAUUUUUGCCAAAUUUAAUGCCAUUAAGUCCUGAGUUUGUAACUGAAUUUGGAACGUGACAUAUGCAUUUCUGUGUGUAUCAAGUGGUUGAAUGAUUAACUUCUAGGUAUUUCUGUACCAACGGUGAUUUGUGUUGCAUCACUGUGUUAGAGGGCGAAUGCCUCAAAGAGCAAAUGGGUUUUUGGUUACAUUGGGAGCAUUUUACAACUAAAAUAAAGUGAAGAGGUUUCA